ACCUUAUCUCCUUCUCUCUCGUCGCUUUCUGCGUCUCCCCGUCUCUCCUUCGCCAACAGCCGAGAAGAGGCAGAGAGAGCGCCGCCCCCCGUCCCUCUCUCUCCCUCUCGUCCUCGCCCCCAUCCCUCUCGUCUUUCCCUUGCCGGCAGCAGAGGAGGCGGCAGCGACGGCUUCAGCUGCUCCCACGGGCCGGAUCGGGCAGUGGCGGUGGCGUCGGCGGCUUCCGCUGGCGAAUCCGGCGGGUGGAUACAAAUCAGUGUUCCGAUAGGUAAAACCCUGCUCUCAGCAUCUGCCCUUUUGAAUUCGCCAAGAGCCAGCAUCUGCCCUUUUGAAUUCGCCAAGGGCCAGCAUCUGCCCAUUUGAUUUUGAAUUCGCCAAGAGCCAGCAACAGCGCCCCCGCGCCCCCUCCCUCCUCCGCAAUAAACAGCCACACGCGCCGCCCCCAUGUCCACCCUCAUCGCCACAGCGCACCACCACCACCACCACCACCACCACCACCACCGUCUCCAGCCAUGGCCUCCUCCGCCUCCCUGCAGCGCUUCCUCCCCCCGUACCCCCACGCGGCAGCAUCCCGCUGCCGCCCUCCCGGCGUCCGCGCCCGCCCCGUGCAGUCGUCGACGGUGUCCGCACCGUCCUCCUCGACUCCGGCGGCGGACGAGGCCGUGUCGGCGGAGCGGCUGGAGCCGCGGGUGGAGCAGCGGGAGGGCCGGUACUGGGUGCUCAAGGAGAAGUACCGGACGGGGCUGAACCCGCAGGAGAAGGUGAAGCUGGGGAAGGAGCCCAUGUCAUUGUUCAUGGAGGGCGGCAUCAAGGAGCUCGCCAAGAUGCCCAUGGAGGAGAUCGAGGCCGACAAGCUCUCCAAGGAGGACAUCGACGUGCGGCUCAAGUGGCUCGGCCUCUUCCACCGCCGCAAGCAUCAGUAUGGGCGGUUCAUGAUGCGGCUGAAGCUGCCAAACGGUGUGACGACGAGCGAGCAGACGAGGUACCUGGCGAGCGUGAUCGAGGCGUACGGCAAGGAGGGCUGCGCCGACGUGACAACCCGCCAGAACUGGCAGAUCCGCGGCGUCACGCUCCCCGACGUGCCGGCCAUCCUCGACGGGCUCAACGCCGUCGGCCUCACCAGCCUCCAGAGCGGCAUGGACAACGUCCGCAACCCCGUCGGCAACCCGCUCGCCGGCAUCGACCCCGACGAGAUCGUCGACACGCGAUCCUACACCAACCUCCUCUCCUCCUACAUCACCAGCAACUUCCAGGGCAACCCCACCAUCACCAACCUGCCGAGGAAGUGGAACGUGUGCGUGAUCGGGUCGCACGAUCUGUACGAGCACCCACACAUCAACGACCUCGCGUACAUGCCGGCGGUGAAGGGCGGCAAGUUCGGGUUCAACCUCCUCGUCGGCGGGUUCAUAAGCCCCAAGAGGUGGGAGGAGGCGCUGCCGCUCGACGCCUGGGUCCCCGGCGACGACAUCAUCCCGGUGUGCAAGGCCGUUCUCGAGGCGUACCGCGACCUCGGCACCAGGGGCAACCGCCAGAAGACCCGCAUGAUGUGGCUCAUCGACGAACUUGUGAACCAUUUUUUUCUCCAUUCAUCCACGCCAUUGACUGAAUUACGUAUGUCCCAAUGUUCUUAUCAGUUAAUUGCGGUGUUGGCAUUGCAGGGAAUGGAGGCUUUUCGGUCGGAGGUGGAGAAGAGGAUGCCGAACGGCGUGCUGGAGCGCGCGGCGCCGGAGGACCUCAUCGACAAGAAAUGGCAGAGGAGGGACUACCUCGGCGUGCACCCGCAGAAGCAGGAAGGGAUGUCCUACGUCGGCCUGCACGUGCCCGUCGGCCGGGUGCAGGCGGCGGACAUGUUCGAGCUCGCACGCCUCGCCGACGAGUACGGCUCCGGCGAGCUCCGCCUCACCGUGGAGCAGAACAUCGUGAUCCCGAACGUCAAGAACGAGAAGGUGGAGGCGCUGCUCUCCGAGCCGCUGCUUCAGAAGUUCUCCCCGCAGCCGUCGCUGCUGCUCAAGGGCCUCGUCGCGUGCACCGGCAACCAGUUCUGCGGCCAGGCCAUCAUCGAGACGAAGCAGCGGGCGCUGCUGGUGACGUCGCAGGUGGAGAAGCUCGUGUCGGUGCCCCGGGCGGUGCGGAUGCACUGGACCGGCUGCCCCAACAGCUGCGGCCAGGUGCAGGUCGCCGACAUCGGCUUCAUGGGCUGCCUCACCAAGGACAGCGCCGGCAAGAUCGUUGAGGCGGCCGACAUCUUCGUCGGCGGCCGCGUCGGCAGCGACUCGCACCUCGCCGGCGCGUACAAGAAGUCCGUGCCGUGCGACGAGCUGGCGCCGAUCGUCGCCGACAUCCUGGUCGAGCGGUUCGGGGCCGUGCGGAGGGAGAGGGAGGAGGACGAGGAGUAGGAACACAGACUGGGGUGUUUUGCUUGCUCCGGUGAUCUCUCGCCGUCCUUGUAAAGUAGACGACAAUAUGCCUUCGCCCAUGGCACGCUUGUACUGUCACGUUUUGGUUUGAUCUUGUAGCCCAAAAGUUGUGUUCAUUCUCGUUACAGUCUUACAGAGGAUGAUUGAUUGAUAAAUAAAGAAGAAACAGAUUCUGCAACUGUUCA